AUGUUAUAAUAUAAGAAAGAGCAAUUUGGACAACAAAUUAGAAAAUAAGGAUUAGAAAAAAUUUUGAAUUAAAGGAGGCAGAAAUUACUGUCAGAAAAUGCAGUUCAUUAGUUUUAGGAUGAGAUAAUUCUCUUAUACAGUUAAAUAGAUGUAGAAAAAAAUUUCAACAUUUAUAAAUUUCCUCUUCUGAAACCAAUAUUAGAAGGGGAUCUAACAAACUAAAUAAUUCUAUUACUAUAAUUGAUAGUGAAGAAAUGCACAGAUGCUAAAUAGACAGAAGAUUUAGAAACUCUUUUUGAAGAUUUACUUUUAGGAUCAAGAUUGUUGAGUAAGUGUGAAAAAGAGUAGAGCCUGAUUUAUUUAGAAGAAUAAUUAUAUCUGCUUGGAUAGUUGUCACAAUCUUCACUUCUUUGCCAAUCUAUACUAAUAAAACUAAAAAUUGGCCAAACUCUAAAAAAGAUAUUAGAUCUAGAGUUUGAGUCAGAUGAAUAACUUAUGUCUACUUUAAUAUUUCUUAUAACUACAUUCAUCGAACCUAAGAGUGGAAUCCACUUUUAGGAUGUCUACGAAUUUAUGUCAAUUUUAGAUUAAUUAUGUAAAAAAUUGCGAGGGAUAAAUUAUUUAGUAAUAGAAUUAGAUUUAGAAAAAAAAGAUAAAUAUACUGAGACUAAACACUCUUUAUUAAAUAGAAUUCUCUUAUUUGCUCGUCACUUUAUCGAUAAAUCUCAAUUCACUGUUAAUCUCACACUCUACCAAAACUUUUGGGUUAUACUCACUAAUCUAGCAUUUGUUAUUUAAGAAUAACCUUAAUUAAGGUUAGCUGCCUUAUAAGUGAUAUCUGAUUCAAUAAAAUUGAAUGACCAAAAAUUGAAAUUUGAUAUCAUUGAAAAAUAUCCAGACAUAUUCUGUUCAUUACUCAAUAUUGUCGAUCAUCAUUAAAAUUACAAAGCUAAUGGUAAAUUUAUAAGAACUCAAGCAUCCAUCAUUAUGAAACAGCUGUUUAGUGAAUAAUCUUAAUACAUUAUCUAGAACAUUCAUUUAAACUAGAUUCCAUUAUAAUUGAUGAUAAUAAUUGCAAGUGAAAGUAAUUCAAUUAUUUAUCUUAGAUGAUCGCCAAGUCCUUUAUCAUUAAUUAGAGUGUUUGUUUCUUUUAUGCUCAAAUAGCUCCUUUGAGCAAUGCAUUGAUCUAUACGAUAAUGGAUUGCUUACACUUCUAAUAUCUAAAUACUAAGAAAUAAAGGAGUGCCAAGAUUAUGUCUUAAGCAAAUGGUUAUUACAAUGUAAUAUAUUAAUUAAAAUGUUAGUGACCUUAGCUGUUUUGUAACACAAUUCUAGUGGUAACUCAAUUUUGAAGUUGUUGAAGCAAUAUCAAAUAACUUAAUACUUAAAAGAUAUAGCAACCAAUUGUAAAAAUGAAAAUACAUGUAGAAGAGCCAAUCAAUUACUCAAAUAUAUAAAAUGA